UGAAACUUACUCUGUUACACUGCCCAGAGGGAGCCAUGGCUGCAGAGAACCCCGUGGAAAGUCUCCAGGAGGAAGCGACAUGUCCCAUCUGUCUGGAGUAUUUUACAGAACCUGUCACUCUGGAGUGCGGGCACAAUUUCUGCCGAGCCUGCAUCAGCCAGUGCUGGGAGGGAUCCGAUACAGCCAUCUCCUGCCCUCAGUGCAGACAUACUGUGCAGCAGAGAAACCUCAGGCCCAACAGGCAGCUGGCAAACAUGGUAGAAAUCGCCAAGCAACUGAGUUUACAGGCAGCAAAGGGAAGAGGAGGGGACGGGGUGUGUGGGAAACACCAGGAGGCUCUGAAACUGUUCUGUGAAGAGGAUCAAAGCCCCAUCUGUGUGAUCUGCAGAGAGUCCCGGGCUCACCGCGCUCACACGGUGGUUCCCAUCCAGGAAGCCGCCCAGGAGUACAAGAAAAGAAUCCAGGCCCAAUUGAAGACUCUGAGGGAAGAGAAAGAAAAGCUGCUGGGAUUGAAAGUGACUGGAGAGGGGAAAAGCCAGAAGUAUCUGAAACAAACACAAACCGAGAGGCAGAAGAUUGUGUCCCAAUUUCAAGAACUGCGGCAGUUCCUGGAGGAACAAGAGCGACUCCUGCUGGCCCAGCUGGAGAAGCUGGACAAGGAGAUUGUGAGGAUCCAGAAUGAAAAUGUCAGUAAACUCUCCGAGCAGAUUUCCCAUCUCAGUGAGCUGAUCAGUGAGCUGGAGGGGAAGUGUCAGAAGCCAACAAGCAAAUUCCUGCAGGAUGUCAGAAGUACCUUGAGCAGGUGUGAGAAGAAGUUGCAGCAGCCAGAGGAGAUUUCUCCUGAACUGGAAGAGCAAGUCAGUGGUUUCUCCCAGAAAACUAUUGCGCUACUGGAGGCUCUGAGGAAGUUCAAAGACACUCUGCCAUCUGCACCGGAGAGAAAAAGAGGUGAACCACUCGGAGCACACAGACGAACAGGGGCUGCUAACAGGGUGUUUCGCAACGGAGUUCUCCAGGUGAAGGAGGAGCAAAUACAGCAUCUGUGGGUGAAUGUGACUCUGGAUCCAGACACGGCUCAUCCCCAACUCGUCAUAUCUGAGGAUCGGAAACGUGUGAGACGGGGAGACACAUGGCAGCGACUGCCCAAUAACCCUGAGAGAUUUAGCACUGAGCGCUGUGUGCUGGGCUGUGAAGGAUUCACCUCGGGGAGACAUUGCUGGGAGGUGGAGGUGGGGAAUGGGAGAUGCUGGGCUGUGGGGGUGGCCAGAGAGUCUGUGAGGAGGAAGGGAGAGAUCAGCCUCAGCCCUGAGGGGGGGAUCUGGGCUGUGGAGCAGUGGGGGGAUCAGUUCCAGGCUCUCACCUCCCCUGAGACCCCCCUGCCCCUGAGCCGGGCCCCCAGCAGGAUCCGGGUUUGUCUGGACUGUGACCGGGGGCAGGUGACAUUUAUCGAUGCUGGUGACGAGGCCCCGAUCUUCACUUUCCCGCCGGGCUCCGUCCCUGGGGAGAGAAUCCGACCCUGGCUCUGGGUGGGGAUGGGAUCCCGGCUCAGACUGUGUCCCUGAGACACGCAGGGGAGGGGCGGGGGAAAUAUCUCACUGGGAGCCCUGAAAUCAGCCUCUCUAGCCUCACACACCCUUGUCUCUGUGACCUCUCCCUGUGGCCUUUCUAUCAUCCCGUUUCUAUGAUCCUGGAGGCUGCUGUGUGGUAGAGAAGCCAAUCCCAUCACUGCCCCAGAAUGGUGUCAAAGUUAGACUCACUUUGGUUGUCAGACCACUCUGUUUUAUUAGCACAGGGCUCUGCUAAUAAC